AUGGGUGGCGUGCCCUCCGUCCCAACUGACCCCAACAGGACCCUACAGGUCAUUGGGGCAGGCUACUCCCGGACCGGAACCUCGUCGAUGGCGAUCGCGCUCGAGAAGCUUCUUGAUGGACCGGUCUGCCAUGGUGGCUCACAGAUGCUGGGCAGAGAGGACAGCUAUGUCCAGAAGUGGAUCGAGGUCUACAGACAGCGUGAUGCGGGCAACCGCCCUGCUUUGAUGAAAGCGCUUCGGGAGGCGACACGAGGAUUCGUCGGCGUUACCGAUGUACCUGCUGUUGACUUCAUUGGAGAGUUGAUCGAGCUCUACCCGGAGGUCAAAGUCAUGGGGGUUAGGCGAGACCCCGACGCAUGGUGGAAGAGCAUGGGCAACUUGAACAAGGUAUCAUCGCCAUGGUGGCUCCAGUACUUCCUAGCACCUAUGCCCACGUGGCGAUGGUUUCCCGCCUUUAUUGAGGGAAUCAGAGGAAGAGGCAAGCUGGGAGCCAAAGUCUCCGGAAACGUUGUCCCCGGCCCCCAUCUUAUCGCACUUCACAACAAGACAGUGGAAAAGAAGACGCCUCCUGGACAGAUGUACUGGAUGGAGAUCACCGAUGGAUGGGCUCCAUUGUGUAAGAUGCUGGACAAGCCUUUACCUAAAGAGCCUUUUCCCAGGGUCAAUGAUGCUGCGGCACUUAAUGAGUUGAUCAGAGGAAUGAUGCUGGCCACUGCGGGAGUAUGGCUUGGGAUCACCCUUGUACUUUUCACCGUCAUUUACUGUGUGGCUAGAUCGGGAGUCUUGUUGCCGUCAAGUGGCGGCUCAUUUGUGGCAUUGUCCACCGUUUAG